UUUAAAAGAAGAAGAAGAAGAAGAUUAUGAAAAAAAUGGAUUCUGCACUGGAAAAAUCGCAAUGUAUUUUUUGCAAUAUUGUAAAUAAACUUGAAGACACAGAAAUACUUUACGAAGACGAGGAUGUUUCUGUGUUCCGUGAUAUCAAACCAGCCAGCGAUUAUCACAUAUUAACCGUACCGAAGAGACAUAUCGAAGACGCAAAAUGUUUAACAACAAACGAUAAACAAUUGGUGGAAAAAAUGCUAAUUGUAUCCAAGGAGUUAUUACAGAAAAACAAUCUAUCUGUAGAAGACGCUAGAUUUGGUUAUCACUGGCCGCCAUUCCGGAGUGUAAAACAUCUACAUCUACACACCAUAGCACCAGAAUCUAAAAUGGGAUUUAUAGCCAGAACUGUUUUUAUGAAAAAUUCAUAUUGGUUUGUCUCGCCUGAAUAUGUUGCAGCGAAAUUGUGAUCAGAAGACACAAAUUCUUAAUAAUUGAAAUUGAUGGCAGAAGAAAAAGGAGAUACAUGUAUUAUAUUAUUCCAUUGUGAACUCAAUUUCAUUUCUCACUGUUUGCCUUCAGAUUCUGGUAGACCUAUAACUUCUAUGUGGUUAAAACUAAA